AUGCAGCACAGGCCUGAUAGUGAGAAUGAGUUCCGGGGGGAACUGGUGAGUCAGCGGUGGACACGAGGGGAGAGAACGAGCGCACGCUGCCAGAGCUCCAGACUCAAGAGCCGGCCGCCAAUCAUGAUGAGUGUGGAGAGCGAUGACAAGAGGGCGCGCACACGCUCCAAAGGAAUGAGAGAGACGCAGACAGAGACAGAAGCAGAGGCUGAAGACAUCAAAGAAAAUGGACAAACCCAUGAAGAGGAAGAGCAGAAAGAUGAAGUUUUGGCCAUGCACGAGAAUGUCCUGAAGUGCCCCACUCCCGGCUGCACGGGACAGGGCCACGUCAACAGCAACCGCAACACGCACCGCAGACCCAUGUGUUUGGUGAAGCAGUUGGACGUCCCCCCUCUCCCUCACUUCGGCACAUAUGGCCCCGGGUCGGCCCCGUGCACGCCACGGGCGAACCUGGCCCACGAGCUGGAGAAGUUCUCCAAGGUCUCAUUUGAUUACGCCAGCUUCGACGCACAAGUGUUCGGCAAACGCACGCUGGCACCAAAGAUCCUCACCAGCCAAACCUCACCCAAAGCCUUCAAGACUAAAGCGUCUCCCAGCCUCAGCCUUCACGCCUUCACUAAGACUUCUCCGUACGAUUACGCUCACGACGCAGAGGCCGCUCACAUGGCAGCGACGGCCAUCCUGAACCUGUCCACGCGCUGCUGGGAGAGACCCGAGAACCUCAGCACCAAGGACCAUCCCAAGAUGGAGCACGCAGCUCAGUCCUACGUUUCGUCCGAUGAAGACGACAUGAUGGACGGUCUGGACGACAGGAAAUACCCGGGCGAGGACAGGAAGUACCCGGGAGAGGUCACAACCCCCACCUUCAAGCUCAAGUUCCACCCUAAAGAUGUGAAGAAGGAGCUUCUCGCGUGCCCCGUGCCCGGCUGUGACAGUCUGGGACACAUCAGUGGGAAGUACGCCACGCACCGCAGCGCGUACGGCUGCCCACUGGCCGCACGCCGCCAGAAGGAGGGGCUGCUGAACGGGACGCCCUUCAACUGGAAAGCAUUCAAGAGCGAGGGUCCCACCUGUCCCACACCGGGCUGCGACGGCUCGGGACACGCCAACGGCAGCUUCCUCACUCACCGCAGCCUCUCAGGAUGCCCCAGAGCCUUGUUCGCCAAAAAGAAAGCAAAGUACUCCGCGGAGGAAUACCUCAGCUCCAAGUUCAGAGCAGCAGACGGUGAGAGGAAACGGAACUGUGCUUUUGUGAAGGUGGUGUCGCUGCAGCCCGACUCGGCACAGUUGGACCUGUACAUUUUGGGCCGAGCCGAUCACUUCAUUGGGAACUGCGUGUCCUCCUUCACCGCCUUCGUGAAGAGGCAGCGGGACGUCCAGAGGCUGUCGUCCUCCUUCUUUGGGAUGGACCAGGACCCGCGGGACGAGCUUUGA